CUCGCGACUCACGAUUCCGAAGCGAUUCCUCAUCGCCUGCGACCACCGCCAACGGUCGAACGAUUCCGACUCCGGCGAGAAGCGACCGCCCGUAUCCAUUUCGCCACCGGUAUCCUUCAAGAACCGGUUCGUCCACUUCGAUCUUGAUCGUUUUCCUUCAAGGGAAGGCUCUCAGAUUAAUUGAUAUGUCCUAGUUUUUGGAUUUUUAUGGGCCUUAUAUUCAGCACUCAUGCAUAUGUUAGUGGAAUUAUAAUAGCUCUGUUUUGGAUGUAAUGGCUCCAAUACGCCCAACUGGAUUGGUUGAUCCUGGUUGGGAUCAUGGCAUUGCUCAAGAUGAGCGGAAAAAGAAGGUUAGAUGCAAUUACUGUGGUAAAGUAGUUAGUGGUGGAAUAUACAGAUUAAAGCAGCAUUUAGCCCGAGUUUCUGGUGAAGUAACAUACUGCGAAAAGGCUCCUGAGGAAGUCUACCUAAAGAUGAAGGAAAAUCUGGAAGGGUGCCGUUCCAAUAAGAAACAAAAGCAAGUUGAUGCACAAGCAUAUAUGAAUUUUCACUCUAAUGAUGAUGAAGACGAUGAAGAGCAAGUUGGGUGUAGAAGCAAAGGGAAGCAAUUGAUGGAUGAUAGAAUUGUAUCUGUAAAUUUGACUCCUCUUCGGUCCUUAGGAUAUGUUGACCCAGGGUGGGAACAUGGUGUUGCUCAGGAUGAGAGAAAGAAGAAAGUCAAAUGCAAUUACUGUGAGAAAGUUGUUAGUGGAGGUAUUAAUCGAUUUAAACAACAUUUGGCUAGAAUUCCUGGAGAGGUAGCACCUUGUAAAAAUGCUCCAGAUGAAGUUUAUCUUAGAAUAAAAGAGAAUAUGAAAUGGCAUCGUACUGGAAGGAGACAUAGGCGACCCGAGGCUAAGGAAUUGAUGCCUUUCUAUGCAAAGUCAGAUAAUGAAGAUGACGAGUAUGAGCAAGUGGAAGAUGCUUUGCAUCAUAUGAACAAGGAAACUUUGAUUGAUGAUAAUAAAAGGUUCUCUAAAGAUUUAAGGAAGACCUUCAAGGGAAUGUCACCAAGUACUGGUCCUGAACCAGUAUUGAGAAGAUCAAGAUUGGAUAACAUUUACCUGAAACUGCCCAAGAAUCAGACUCCUCAAACUUACAAACAAGUAAAAGUUAAGACAGGGCCACCUAAGAAAUUACGUAAGGAAGUUAUUUCUACAAUUUGCAAGUUCUUUUACCAUGCAGGAAUUCCUUUACAGGCUGCAGACUCCCUAUAUUUUCAUAAAAUGCUGGAAGUGGUUGGUCAAUAUGGACAAGGACUGUUAUGUCCACCGAGCCAGCUUAUUUCUGGUCGCUUUUUGCAGGAGGAAAUCAAUUCCAUUAAGAAUUACCUUGUUGAAUAUAAGGCUUCCUGGGCAAUCAAUGGUUGUUCUAUAAUGGCAGAUAGUUGGAGAGAUACACAGGGUAGGACAAUUAUUAACUUCCUUGUUUCUUGUCGUCAUGGUGUAUACUUCGUUUCUUCAGUUGAUGCUACUAAUGUGGUAGAAGAUGUACCAAAUUUAUUUAAGCUUCUAGACAAAGUAGUGGAAGAAAUAGGUGAGGAAAAUGUAGUGCAGGUAAUCACUGAAAAUACUCCUAACUAUAAAGCUGCUGGAAAAAUGCUUGAAGAGAAGAGAAGGAAUUUAUUCUGGAGCCCUUGUGCCUCUUAUUGUAUUAAUCGAAUGCUUGAAGAUUUUAUGAAGAUAAGAUGUGUAGAAGAGUGCAUGGAAAAGGGCCAGAAAAUCACAAAACUAAUAUAUAAUCAAAUAUGGUUGUUAAAUCUUUUGAAAAGUGAAUUUACCCAGGGCCAGGAGCUUCUAAAGCCAGCUGGCACCAGAUAUGCCUCUAGCUUUGCUACAUUGCAGAGCUUGCUGGAUCAUCGAGCUAGUCUCAGACGAAUGUUUAUUUCAAACAAAUGGAUGUCAUCCAGGUUCUCCAGCUCAAGCGAGGCAAAGGAGGUGGAAAAAAUUGUUUUGAAUGUCACAUUUUGGAAGAAAAUGCAGUAUGUUAGGAAGUCAAUAGAUCCAAUUAUGCAAGUACUUCAAAAGGUUUGUAGUGGUGAGAGCUUGUCAAUGCCGUACAUAUACAACGAUAUGUACAGAGCAAAACUUGCAAUUAAAUCUGUUCAUGGUGAUGACGUGCGUAAAUAUGAACCAUUCUGGAAAGUGAUAGACUGUCACUGGAACUCUCUGUUCUGUCACCCACUUUACUUGGCUGCUUACUUCUUGAAUCCGUCAUACCGAUAUCGUCAGGAUUUUGUGGCGCAUUCUGAGGUAGUACGGGGGCUCAAUGAAUGCAUUGUUCGGCUGGAGCCAGACAAUAUGAGACGGAUAUCUGCAUCAAUGCAGAUUGCUCAUUAUAAUUCUGCGCAAGAUGACUUUGGAACUGAAUUGGCAAUUAGCACAAGAACAGGUCUUGAACCAGUUGAUUGGUGGCAACAACAUGGAAUAAGUUGCUUAGAGUUGCAAAGAAUAGCCAUACGCAUAUUAAGUCAGACAUGCUCGUCCUUUGUGUGUGAUCAUGAUUGGAGUAUAUAUGAUCAGAUAUACAGCAAAAGACAAAACCGUCUAUCUCAGAAGAAACUGAAUGACAUUAUCUAUGUUCACUACAACUUGCGACUUAGAGAAUGUCAAUUAAGAAAAAGGUCCAGGGACUCAAAGUUGACCUCUGCUGACAGUGUUCUCCAAGAGCAUUUACUCAGUGAUUGGAUAGUUGAUGUCAAUGUACAAAGCUUUGAUGGUGAUAAGAUACAGCAUUGUUACAGGCAAAACAAUUCUGGAAACGUUGUGUUUGAGGAACUGGAUGAUGAAUAUGAAAAUGAUUCAAUUGAUUAUGAAGAUGGAGCUGCAAGGACUCUAAAGGGAUCCCUUGAGCUGGUGACUAUGGCUGAUGUAGCAGUAGGAUCAUCCGAUUUAGAUCAUGCUAACAUUGAUGCUGCCACUGACGAUGAGUCUGAUCUGAAUUAUUUUGAUGAUGAUUUGAGUGAGUAAUUAAGUUACAUGGUUCUCCUUUAGGAGGAGUAAGUAUUUGGUCGCUGGUUGUGAGCCUGUAUACUUCCCUGAGAAAAAUCAAGAUGGUCAUUCUGAUAUGUACAAUCAUAUAUUUAUUUCAUCUAUUGGAGCGUAAUCAUUUUAGAUCGAAUGUGUUUUUACCAGCUUAAGAAUUUAUUGUCUAUUCUAUAAGUCACUCAGUAAGAGCUGGCAAAUAGCCAAAUUUAAGGAGUAAGGAGUAAGGAGUAAG